GGGGUGCCGGUGGUAGUGCGAAAGUGCGGAGACGGACGCUCAGCGCGCGGCCCCGCUCCGCUGCGCGGCGGCUGCGGCCCGGCCCGGCCCCGCCAUGCCCCGGUGAGACCAUGGAGCCCAACCCGGGGCCCACGGGGGCCGAGGACGGGAGGCUGCGGCCCGGCGCCAAGCGAGUCACCUUCCCGUCCGAUGAGGACAUCGUGUCCGGCGCGGUGGAGCCCAAGGAUCCGUGGAGACACGCCCAAAACGUGACCGUGGAGGAGAUCGUCAGCGCCUACAAGCAGGCGUGCCAGAAGCUGAGCUGCAAGCAGAUCCCCAAACUCCUCAAGCAGAUCCAGGAGUUUAAGGACCUGGCACCCAGGAUAGAUUGUUUGGAUCUCAAAGGGGAGAAGCUGGACUACAAGGCGUGCGAGGCGCUGGAGGAGAUCUUCAAGAGGCUGCAGUUCAAAAUUGUCGACUUGGAGCAGACCAGCUUGGAUGAGGACGGCGCCUCGGCGCUGUUUGACAUGAUCGAGUACUACGAGUCGGCCACGCACCUCAACAUCUCCUUCAACAAACACAUCGGCACGCGGGGCUGGCAGGCAGCUGCACACAUGAUGAGGAAGACCAACUGCCUGCAGUACCUGGACGCCCGCGGGACGCCCCUCCUGGACCACUCGGCGCCGUUUGUGGCGCGGGCGCUGCGCAUCAGCAGCAGCCUGGUUGUGCUGCACCUGGAGAACGCCAGCUUGUCGGGGCGGCCCCUCAUGCUGCUGGCCACGGCUCUGAAGAUGAACGUGACGCUGCGGGAGCUUUACCUGGCUGACAACAAGCUGAACGGGCUGCAGGACGCGGCACAGCUGGGCAACCUGCUCAAAUUCAACUGCUCCAUCCAGAUCCUGGACCUCCGCAACAACCACAUCCUGGACUCGGGCCUGGCCUAUCUGUGUGAGGGGCUGCGGGAGCAGCGCCGUGGUUUGGUGACGUUGGUGCUGUGGAACAACCAGGUGACACAGGCAGGGACGGCGUACCUGGGGGUCACACUGCCCCACGCACAGAGCCUGGAGACCCUGAACCUGGGCCACAACCCCAUUGGCAACGAAGGGGUGCGCAACCUGAAGACGGGGCUGAUCGGGAACCGCUCCGUGCUGCGCCUGGGGUUGGCUUCCACCAAACUGACCUGCGAAGGGGCGGUGGCGGUGGCCGAAUUCAUCGCCGAAAGCCCCCGGCUGCUGCGCCUGGACCUGAGGGAGAACGAGAUCAAGACGGGGGGGCUGAUGGCGCUGGCGCUGGCGCUGAAGGUCAACCAGUCGCUGCUGCGCCUCGACCUGGACCGCGACCCCAAAAAGGAGGCGGUGAAGAGUUUCAUUGAGACCCAGAAGGCUCUGCUGGCUGAGAUUCAGAGCGGCUGCAAACGGAAUUUUGCUUUGGCUCGCGAGCGCGACGAGGGGGAAGCGCAGCCCCCGCAGCCCCCCGGCAUGGCCGGCAUCGGGGGGGGGGACGGCGGGGACCCCAACGGGGACGGCAGCGACGGGGACCCCGAUGGUGGCGGGGCCGGAGUGCGGCACGGAGCGGCCACCGAUUCCAGCUCGGAUACGGAGGAUGAGGGGGCUGGGGGAGAUGGAGGGCGAAGGGACGGCGCAGUGAGCCCCAAGGGGGAUGCCGAAGGUGGGGGGGGCACCGAGGAGACCCCCGAGUCACCCCAGGGUCAGCAGCACCGCAUUCUGGUCACCAGCCCCGGGAGGGGACACAAAGUCUUCGUGGUGACGCGUGUGGAGAGCGGGACCGGCUGUGAUCCCAAGGAGGCAAUGGGGAGAGAGGGGACGGACAGCACCACCAACGGGACCGGAGCCAGCAAUGGGACGGGCACCAUGGGGACAGCCACCACCUCUGGGACAGCCACCAAUGGGACGGGCACCAUGGGGACAGCCACCACCACUGCGAUGACCACCACUGGGACAGUCACCACAACCUGGGCCAGCCCCACCAAUGGGACGGUCAGCAGUGGGACCGGCCCCCCCAGUGGGAUGGCCACUGAUGGGACUGCCACGACCUCCAGGAUGGUCACCACCAAUGGGAUGGCCACCAGUGGGAUUACGGCCACCAGUGCGCUGGCUACUGAUGGGAUGGCUGCCGAAGGGACAACCACCACCUCUGGGACGGCCACCAUCAGUGGGACUAUCUCCACUGGGAUGAUGGCCACCAGUGGGCCGGCCACCGACGGGACAGCCACCACCUCCGGGAUGGUUAUCACCAUUGGGACAGCUGGUGAUGGGACAGCCACCAGCCCUGGGAUGGCCACCACUGGGACAGUCACCACCGGGAUGGCCGCUGAUGGGACGGCCACCAGCACCGGGAUGGCCACCAGUGGGACAGUCACUGAGGGGACAGCCACCAGUGGGGUGGCCGGCAUUGGGACAGUCACCUCUGGGAUGGCCACUGAUGGGACGGCCACCAGCCCUGCGAUGGCCACCAGCAGGGUGACCACUGGUGGCCCAACGCUGCCCAAUGGGCUGAAGGCAGAGCUGGGCCGGGCACUGCCUGACAGCGACAGCAAAGCAGGGAGCUGCGGUGCUGAGCACGAGCUGAGCUGCUGGAGGGACGAGCGGGAUCUGGAGGAGCUGCUGCUCGAGGCCAGCCAGGAUGCGGGGCAGGAGCCGCCGUGACAGCGCUGGGGGGGGAUGGGGGCUGGAUUUGGGGUCAGGGGCUGGAUUUGGGCUCAGGAUCUGGAUUAGGCCUCAGGAUACAGAUUUGGGGUUGGGGCUGGGUUUUGGAUCAGGAUCUGGAUUAGGCCUCAGGAUCCAGACUGGGGGUCGGGGUCCAGAUUUUGGAUCAGGAUCCGGAUUUGGGCUCAGGAUCCGGAUUUGGGCUCAGGAUCUGGAUUUGGGCUCAGGUUCCAGCACUGGGAUCUGCUGUGGGGUUUUGGGGUCCCCGUGCUGUUCCCAGUUCUCUCUCAGAUGCCCAACCCGGCGCCCACUCCCACCCGUGUCCCCAAACCGGUUGUCACCUUGGCGUGUCACCAGGCUGUGGUGUCCCCAACAGGAGGUCACUGCAUUGUGGUGACCCCAAUGGGUGUCGCCGUGUACCCCACAAAAUGUCACCUGGAUGUGGUGACCCCAACGAGACGUGACCCCAAAGGGAUGUCACCAACAUGGUGUCACCAACGAGGUAACACCAAUGAGACCUCAGCCGGACGUGGUGUCCCCAAGUGGGAUGUCACUACAUGGUGGUGUCCCCAACGGGAUGUCACCAGCGCAUGGUGUCACCACGCUGUCCCCAGGGAGGUGUCACCGUGUCCCCAAGAGGCGACCUGUCCCCAAUGUCGCUGACGCUGUCCCCAAAGGUUGACGUCCCCAGUGCUGGUGACGUCCUCGAGAUGGGUGGCUCUGACCCCAAACUGUCACCCCAUCCCCAAAGGUCGUCCCCAAAGGGUGACACCAUCCCCCACUGGUGACAUUGUCCCCAGUGUCAGUGGCUCUGACCCCAGAGGUGUCAUUGUCCCCAGAGGUGGUGGUGACCCCAUCCCAGCUGUGGGUGACGCCGUCCCGCCCCUCUCAGGCUGUUCUCAGGGGCCGCAGUGUUGGGGGGGAGGGGGUCUUUAUUUGGGGGGAGAUUCGAUUUUUUCUUUUUUUUUCUUUUUUUGGUGUUUAUUUUUCUCCUUUUUGGGGGUUUUUGGUUUUUUCCCCUUCCGAGAAGUGCAAUAAAUGGGGCGGCAGUGGGGGGGCCGCACGGGGGCUGCUCCCCCACCCCCCCCUUUCUCCCCCAGUGGGGUUUUGGCCAAGGCUGGUUUCUGUCAAAGCAGAGCUGCUGUCAGCCGCUGUGCCUCCAGGGUCGGCUCUGUGGGGUGGCCCCAUCCCACAUCCAUGUCCCCAACCCCACAGACAUCACUGCUGCCCCAUGGUGACAUAGGGGCCGUUCCCUCCCCCCCCUCCCCCAGCCACCACCACUCCAUUUUUUGACCCCAUAAAAGCCCAUUUUCGGUUCGGACACAUUCACUGCUUUAUUGGGGUGUCACCUCUUCCCCAUGGUCACCCCAGAAUGUCCCCAUGGUGUCCCCCCACCAUGCACUGUACCUCACGGGCUCCCACUGUGGCCCCAUUGGAGUCUUUGGGGACUGUUCUGGCUGACCCCAUUCCCACUCCCCCAUGUCCCCACUGUCCCCACCACCACUACGU